AAUGCAUUCCGAACAAAUUCAAUAUUCCGAGAAAUACUACGACGAUCUGUACGAGUACCGGCACGUAAUACUUCCGCCAGACUUGGCAAAAUUCGUACCAAAAACGCACCUGAUGACGGAAACGGAAUGGCGUAACUUAGGUGUCCAACAAUCUCCCGGAUGGGUGCUGUAUAUGAUCCACUCACCAGAACCACAUGUGCUGCUGUUUCGGCGUCCACGCUCAACGCCAACGGAUACAUCGUCACAAUCUUGA